AUGGGAAAUCAGAAGCUUCUUGCUGAAAAACUUUGGCCCCACAUAAAUCGACAACAGUGGGGUUUGAUGACAGGAUGUUGCUUCAUUCUGAAGUUGAAAGGAAGUCUCUUCCUCAUCCAGAAAGACCAGAUCAUCUUCGAGCAAUUGCUGCCAGCCUGGCAACUGCAGGUAUAUUUCCUGGAAGAUGCCAACCGAUUUCAGCAAGAGAAAUUACACGUGAAGAACUUCAGAUGGCUGGCAGCAGGGUUAUGUGCUGACCUGGCAUCAGCUAUAUACUCGGGGUGUGCUAAAAACGGGUUUGCACUGGUGCGUCCUCCAGGUCAUCAUGCUAGAGUGAGACAAGCAAUGGGAUUCUAUCUGCAUAACAAUGCAGCCAUUGCUGCAUCAGCAGCACAAGCUGCAGGAGCAAAAAAAGUCUUGAUUGUUGAUUGGGAUGUACACCAUGGAAAUGGAACUCAAGAAAUAUUUGAGCAGAACAAAACAGUGUUGUAUAUAUCCUUACAUAGACAUGAAGGUGGAAAAUUCUACCCUGGUACAGGCGCUGCCCAUGAGGUGGGGUCCAUGGGUGGAGAAGGGUAUUGUGUAAAUGUUCCAUGGAGUCGUGGAGGAGUUGGGGACCAUAGUCACAGGAUUCGCCAAAGUAGUCACGAUCCACGUUCCAAACGGCUCGAUCCCAAACGGGGUACGAUUGCGUAUCGAUCGCCAACAGAAACGCCCUCCGGGUUUCUUGUAAGAUGAGGGUGAAUGCAUCAGACAAACAAAUUUGACAUAUUAGUGCCUUGCAGCCUCUCAAAGUUCUUGCAUUCAGGUUAUUCUUUUAGAAAGAAAAUUGUCAAAGGUGAUUGUCAAAGGAGAAUUUAUUCAAG